UGUUGUAAGUGAACAUAUGUAGGUAUAUCCAAAUUGACUGUCAUUUAUUUUUAAGAACUUUGUGCACAUUAUAAAGUUUUACAAAUUUUUUGAAAGAAAUAGGCUCACAUUGAUUUUUAAACAAUACGUAAGGCAAUAAUAUUUAAACCGAAUAAAUUUCAUCGAAGCGGAAGAACGUCAAAUGAAUCCAAUCGUGAACGCGCCGGGAUUUCAAGCGGCUACAGCAGCUGCAGCUGCCGCGGCAGCUUCACAAAGUACCCCAAAUAAGGAGAACUCGGAGGAGUUUGUAGAGUCUGAAAUUUCCGAGGCCGCCCAAUGGUCAAUGGAAGAUGGUAAUUUCAUAGAUGGCGAGAUACAGCGAACAGUUAGAACCAAUGAAGACACCGGCGAAUACCCACGGUUCGGCUGGGUAGAUAUCACAAAGGAGUUCUUUGAUGCAUGUUCUGAAUUAACUCUAGGAGAACUAGCGCAAGAUAUGCUAUUUGGGCUAUUCGAAGCCAUGUCCGCUAUUGAAAUGAUGGAUCCCAAAAUGGAUGUGGGGAUGGGCUAUAAUAAGCACGAUGCACCACCGCAUACCUUCGAGUCUGCGGUUGCGGCGGGUGUUUUGAAACUGGAAAAUCUAACCAAUGAAGAGCUGAUUGGCACCUUUGAUGCACUUUUCGCAUGCCUUGUGUCUUGGCUAGAAGGAAAUUCAAUGGACCAAGUAUUGUUCACAUGCCUUUAUUUGCACCAGCCAAGCAGUAUCAAAGAUAAAGCGCUUCGAGCCUUCUGCCAUGCGCUACGAAAUCUCAUUGUUAUCAUAAAGAAUAUCAUUAUCAUAAGCAGCGUAAACGAAGAAGAAGAUUUUCAGCUAUAUGGAAAUUCGUCUCUACUAGCUGUUGAAGAUUGUCCGCCUGCAGCUGUGACAUCUCAGCUAAAAGAAGCUGAAGAUGACUUGGUACGUCUUAGCAAAACUGAACAACAACCAGAAUUCACUAUGGCCGUUGUACAUCGGUUGCGUUUUAUGCGGCAUUUUUACCAAUCUAUUUACCAAUUCGAUUGUGUCAUGGUUACUUCACCAACAGAAUCUAAUACGAAUGAGAUUUAUAAAAAUUUAAACGCAUCGCUCGAGUUAGUUCCACAAAUAAAGCGCACCAUCGACAAGGGUAUCCAGCCUGCGCCAAACUCUGAUUCGCCAAAUCCAAUAGGAUUUUCGCCUCGAAUACAUGACCGCAGUCAACCACCAACUUUCCCCCGAAACGUGAAGAUUCGCGAUCGUCCAUCCAGUUUAGUGUUUCUCGAAGAAUUAGUGCAUCGAUUGAAGUUUUCGUGUAAAAUAAUUCGAAUGCGUGAUUACUACUCGGCCUUGAAUUUCUUCAUUGAGUUCAGCAAGAGAUCUGGUCAAUGUGUGCUUUCACGCAGCGUACUCCAGGGUAUAUUCAUUUCUAAUCGUCGGCUUGUUUUCGGAACAAUUCCAAUGAAGGACUUUCUUUGGGACUCAGUUCGUGCUUUUAAUUCGCCGCCAGUAUUAAAUCCAAAACAUCCCUUGGCUUCUGACCAGAAAAUACAAAUGUAUUUGGAUACAUUUUUCCGCUACUGUAUAAGUUUGAAUACAUUUACACAGUUUAUCCGUAUUUGCGGUUUUAAUCGAGCUCGGCAACGCGACAAAUUGGCACGCUUUAUUGAUAGCUUUGAUAAUAUUCAAGUAGAGGCGGCACGAUUGGACUCUCACUUGACUAUUUUGGCCAACGAAAAAGCGGCCGAAGGAAAUGAAGCUCACGCCACAGCACUUAAACAUAGCGCUCAAUUCGCAACCUGGGUAUUGUACAAUUGUUUUCGUGCGAUGAUGUUAUAUUUAAUGUCAGGUUUCGAAUUAGAGCUGUAUUCGGUACAUGAGUUCCUGUAUAUUUAUUGGUAUCCCUACGAAUUGUUGAUAAGCUUCAUUGUGUCAGCUUUAACACGCACCGAAAAUAACCUGCUGGUGCAAGAAGAAUACGCGGAGCAUCAAAGCAAACUGCAAGGCAGUGGCUAUACGAAAAACCGCAAACCGAAGCCAAAAAAGAAUAAGAAACAACAGAAACCGUACAGACAAGAGAUCGUUUACUAUCAUGCCUUGUUAAGUAUGUGUGGUGGGUUCUAUAAGGCACUGGGAGCAUUGACAAAGGACGGCCGAAUACGACAACCCAUGCCAAAGUUCGACAAUGAAGAGAUUCGCUUCAAUCGAAGGUUUGCGCCUUUUGCCACUUUAACCAGCCCACCGCCAGUUUCUUACGCUGAAUUUAAAAGUAUAAGGGAGCAUAUGAUGCGUCCGCCAUCGUCAGAAAUUUACGCGAUUGCAGCAAAGCAUUUUGAUCAAGCACGAAAUGUGUUGGAGUCCAUUCCAAAUGCAGAACAAGAGAUUUUGGAUAUGCUGCACGUGGCCAAAGUGAAUUAUGUUGUUAUGAAUGUUCUAGCAAAGGGUCAUCAGAAAGAUUCAAAAACUCAACCCGAAUUCGAUUUUUCAAAGCAUCGCCACUUUCCGAUUAUAAAGUUGAAUUAAAAUGCACUUAACAACUUUUGAUGGAAAUGCUUUAAAGUGGUACUAAAAGACUUAUUGAUGUAUUGCAUCAUCUUCUCUAAUCAGCAAACGGAUUUAAGCAGUUGGAAAAUCGUUUGUGCUUUUAGCGUACGUCGUAAACUCAAAGCCAAAAAGAUGAUAAAUAAAUGAAUACCAUGCAUGUAUAACAGAAGCAUAUGUACAGUAAA